AUGGAAGAAACACUUUCAAAACAUCCAAAAGUUAGAAAAAUUAUUGAUUUGAAAACUGUAAUAUGUAUAUGUAGUAAACAAGUUCGUCUUAAUAAAAACUAUGAUCCAGAUCUUCUUGACCAUCAUACUAAAAAUAAAAUAUGCAAAAGUAAUGAUGGAAAUUCUCAGAUUACGCAAUUUUUUUCAAUUCAAGAUUCAGGAAUCCCUCUAAAAAGAAAACUUUGUAUUGGAUUAAAUGAUGAAAAGGUUAAAUUAUAUUUACACUGUGUAGGUUUUGUAACUACAUUUGGUGCCGCACCACCUCCAAAAACUAUAGCUCGAGAAUUGUUUGGUAAUAAAAUCAAGUCAUCAUUUUAUUGGAAAGAUUUAAAUCAAGAAAAAAAUAAUAAACUUUUAAAUACUUUACAAUCACGAGCAAAAUGGAUAAAUAAUAGUACAACUUUUUGUAUUAGAAGUACUGAUUGUUUAACAUAUGUUGAUAAAACUAAUGAAGUUUGGUAUAUUUGUGAUUAUUUUGAAGGAAAUAUUAACAAUAUAAAUGCAUAUUUAAAAAUAUGGCCUACUGAUGAUGAAAUUAGAGUUCUUAUUAAUGAUGCAUAUAAAGAAGCAAAUGUUUUAGCAAAGUGUGUUUCUAUAGAAGUUACAUUAAAUUUCGAAUUAUUAUCAACAUCUCUAACUGAUUCGUUAAUAAAUGAUAAAAUAAUAUCACUAACUGAAGAAAAUUUAACAAAAGAAAAUUCAACAAAAGAAUGUCAAAAUGAAGAAGAAAUUUUAACCGAAAUUGCUAAAAUGAUGGAAAAUAUUGCAAGCUUAAAUUUACAAGAUAAUAUAGAUGAAGAUUUGAUAGAUGCCUGUAAACAGAUAAAAAAUUUAUCUAAUUAUAAUUCAUUAGAAAUUAAUUCAUCUAUUGUUAGCAAAAUAGUUGCACAAAUUACCAAUAAUAAUAACAAUUCAAGAUUGCCUAAAGCAUGA